AUGCAAACUUCAAAUAUCAUAAAUAAAACAGUGCGCAAGAAUUUUUUAGUUCCUCCCAACAUCGAAGUUAAAGAUUCCUCAAAUAAUCCAAAUGUCAACAAAUUGGUAGAAGCCAAAAAAAUACUUAUCAGUGAAGGUGCUGAACAUUUUAAUGUUAUUAAACCUGUCCAAUUUAAUGAUGAAAAUAUUAUUGAAAAUAGCAUGAAAUAUCUUGUGACCAUUGGCGAAUUAAAUAUUGAGGAACUACCAUAUUGUUGA